UCUCCCUCCCAACUCCUUGCUAACUCUAAGGACUCUGACACCGCCGCAGUGCCUCCCAAGAGACGCGUGAUCGAGCUAGACGGAGACAACGAUUCCGACGUUAUGGAGAUCUACCCAGCCCCACCACCCAGCGCGCAGGCACCCAAGGCUCCAAGGACUAUGUUGCCCCCUCCGCGCUUGAAUCUAAGUGCAAAACUCCUUGGCCAGCUUCCAGGCCCUUCACACUCGGCGUCCGCACACCAUAGAUUGCAGCUCCUUCCCUGAACGCACCCUCCACCUCAUCGCCGAGCUCCGCCGCCUCGAGAUCCAAGCCGUCAUGAGCGCCUAUGAGAGCAACAUCCCAAUUGCCCCACAUCACAAGUACACCAUCAUCUCUGAGGCUCCCAUCGACUCCAGCGAAGACUUCUCCACCCACCCCGCCGGACCGAGCAGCCCAUCGCUGAGCUUCGUGAACGCGCAGCUUCUCCAGCUGUUUCUAGCGUGCAACUCGAGACUCACGGCGAUGAAGGAGCGUCCCAAGUUUGUGCUGUUGGCGCCGAUCAAGGGUGUCAAGAAUCCAAGGUUUGCGCAUCUGCAUGCGGUCAGGUACGAUGAGGUAGGAUGUAGGUUCGAUGAGGACAAUUGUUUGAGCUUGUUUCUGAGCGAGCUUGUGGAGGGGGAGAGGCAUACGAAGGUGCUGUAUGUGGAGAAGACGGACGUUGAGGUGGAGGUGGAGGAGGAGGAGAAGAAGGGUGAUGAGGGGGCUGGGGUGGGGGAGGUCAAGGAUGAGCGUGCUGACUGAGAUGGCAUGCACGCUGGUUUGGUUAUGAGAUGAUUCAGAU